AAAUGUUUUUCAAAUCAAAAUUCAGAUGAAGCAAAUACGGGGGCGACCGCAGAAGUUCUUUAUAAAAAAAUUAUGGAUUUAUUUGAGUCUAACAAUAUACCUUUCCAAAAUAUUAUAGGAUUUGGUUCUGAUGGUUGUAACACUAUGUUUGGUGCCAAUAACUCAGUAGUAAGUAGGUUAAAACUAAAUCUUCCUGGCAUCAUAGUUUUGUUUUGGCCCGUCAUUGUGAAGAUUUAGCCAGGAAUAUUUGUGGUUACUUUAAAAAUAGCUCCAAACGGCAAGCACAAUUUACAGAAUUUCAGACAUUUUGUACAAAAUUUGUAAAAUUAAAUGAAUACUUUCAAAGUGAGC